AUGAAGUCACUGGGAUCGCGGCUCGAGAGAUACAACCCUGUAGGGUUAGGGUUUGGGGCGGGGACAAUUCAUCGGGCUUCCAGGGGCCUCCAGCCACAGCAGUCCCUCGGCGCUAAUUGGAUGGGCGGCUGGACGCGCCCUGAUUGGUGGCCAAGAUCGCCCGCCGUGGAUCAUGAUCGACUGACACUCCUCCGAUCAGACUGUAAAUUAGGUCUGGAUGGAGCCUCCAUCUCGCAAUCCAGAUUUGGGACGAACCAGCAGUCGCAAUCUCUACAGUUCUGUACAGAUCAGUCUGCUUUCCCCUCAUCCGAUCCUUGUCCACACCAUGUCCUACAAGACCAACUACGAGCUCUGGGUAUGCAUUCCGACGAUCAUCUGGCUCAGUCGUGGCUGACCACCUGGCAGAGCUCACCAACACCCUCCUACCAGUCCCGACGACCAUCAGCAUUGUCUGAGAUCGACUUGGUGCUGGCACAGGCGUAUCCUCAUGUGGCAUAUUCCUACUGCUGCCAUUGCUACUACGAUCCCGAGUGCGAGUCCGAGUCCCAGCCCGCCAGCCCCGGCGGUAUGUCGGAAAGGUCAAUGAUGGAGGUCGACCGGCCUCGCACGGGAUAUGGCGGCAAACGUUCUCGAAGGGACCAAGCAUUCUCUGUUGUCUUCUUUUUACUAUCCAUACUUAUUUCUGCCGCAUUUGAACGUAAAUGCAAUGUCUUUACGUGUAGAAUAAAUAUAGAUAAGACGUCUAGACAGCCAGGGCUGUUGCAUUGCAUGCCUCUGCAGUCUGCACAAGAAAAAGCAACUAACGCAGCUAUCUUAGAAAGUCUGUGUUGGCAUGAUGUGGCCAGUGGAAUGUGGAGAGUGCCAUGUGCAUACUCCAGAUUAGCAUGUGCUGGUCCAGACUCCACUGCUGUGGCAUGUAAAUAUCAGUGUGGCUGUGCAAUGCUAAAAUUUUUUUUUGCUGUCAUUACGGAGUAUUUGGAGAUGGGGGCUGUCUGCAAAUGCAAUCUGCAUGCAUUGUUUUGCUUUAAGGCGUCCAGUAAUGGGAAUACUCUGCCGAGCCCGAGCGACAAGGCCGAGCCUCCGAGGCCGACCGAGAUGAUAAUCUAUGGCCUACGCAUCUUGUCGAUCUCUUGGCUUGCCCUGUGGCUGGGCUGGAACCCGAGAAAUGGGUUGAGGCUUGAACUAUGCGGCUAG